AUGGACGGUGAUCUUUCCCAACUAGGGUUCCUACAAGAGGUGGAUAGGUUCUUCGAUGUCUUACGUGAGAAGACCCUCCGAGACCGACCCGAUAAUAUCCCAGAAUAUGUGAUGCAGAAUUGUAGAAAGGUUGCAGACACUCUCAGGAAGGAUUCAUGCGACAUCAUCCCGGAUGCUGCCGCACCUGAAUUGAAGGAAAGAGCACUUACUAUUGUCGUGCUUGGGGCAAGCGGUGACUUGGCGAGGAAUAAAACGUUCCCGGCGCUGUUUCAACUAUUCUGUAACGGAUUAAUUCCGCGAACGAUUAACAUUGUCGGCUACGCUCGCACCAAAAUGCCUGACGUGGAGCAAUGGAAAAAAGAGAGCCUAGCUAAGCAUUUUCCUCGGACUAAGGAUCGCUGCCCCCAUAUUGAGGCUUUCUUGAAGACAAUCACCUAUAUCUCGGGCUCGUAUGACGGUGCGGAGGAUUUUUUUCGUCUUAACGACGUGAUAACAAAAUUUGAGGAGUCGUUUCCAGGAAAACAGAAAGGAGGCAACAGGUUGUUCUACCUUGCGUUACCACCUUCUGUAUUUAUGCAUGCGUGCACGGGGAUUCGCACUCAUGUGAUGCAGAAACCGGGCCUGGGGUGGGUUCGAAUAAUUAUUGAAAAACCAUUCGGGCACGACACGGAAAGUUCUAAUGAACUUUCGAGGCAGUUGGAGCCUCUUUUCGAAGAAUCCCAAAUUUUUCGAAUCGAUCAUUAUCUUGGGAAGGAAAUGGUGCAAAAUAUUGUUGUCACCCGCUUCGCCAACCGUGUUUUCAGUGCACUAUGGAACAAUAAUAACAUCGCGUGCGUCCGGAUCACUUUUAAGGAGUCUAUCGGGACGGAGGGCCGCGGUGGUUACUUUGACAAGGCGGGUAUUAUCCGCGACGUGGUGCAAAACCACCUUACCCAGAUCCUUUCACUGUUAGCAAUGGAGAAACCACGCUCACUAAGCCCAGAGGAUAUACGUGAUGAAAAGGUAAUUGUACUAAGGCAUGUGAAUCCCGUGACUCCCGCCGACUGCGUGUUGGGACAGUACACGAGGUCUGAAGACGGUUCUAUUCCUGGUUACCUGGAGGAUCCAACGGUGCCGAGGGGAAGUAAAUGCGCGACAUUCGUGGUACUUCGACUGUUCAUUAACAACGACCGCUGGGACGGUGUGCCAUUCAUCAUAGAGGCGGGGAAAGCGGUGGAGCGGCGCUAUCUCGGCAUACGCAUCCAGUUUAAGGAUGAAAUCCGCCCCUUUGGAGUUGCCGCACAGCGCAACGAACUGAUCAUACGAGCGCAGCCCUCGGAGGCAAUGUAUUUGAGACUUACCGCAAAAACACCCGGCGUUCUCUCAGACACUCACCAGACCGAACUUGACCUCUCCUACGAACAUCGUUACAACAUAACUCUGCCAGAUGCCUAUGAGAGCCUCAUUCACGAAGCACUUCUGGGGAGGUCCACCAAUUUCGUUCGAAAGGAUGAACUCGAUGCCGCGUGGAGGAUCUACACACCACUCUUGGAGGCUAUUGAACGUGGAGAAACCACAACGUACCCCUACUCCGCUGGGUCAAAGGGGCCGGCGGAAGCACAAAAGUUUGUUGAUGACACUGGGUUUAAACCUCUCACAGGGGAUAUUUACCAGCAGCGGAAGCUUCAUCAUUUGUAA